AUGCACUUCUACGUCACCAAAAGUUAUGACGAGUUCACCCCAUAUCGAAACCACGGUUGCAUUGUCGAUGUGCAACCCCCUCUCCAGUUGCGUCCUCGUGAUGCUCGGACCGCUGAGGGACCGCAUUCGGGACCAUAUAUUGAGACCGGAUUGGAUUGUUUAAAUGCACGAACCGGAAACGCGGACGGUUUGCCUGUCAAUUCUGGUCCUCUGGUAAACACGGCAGCGGAUACAUGUGCCUCGGUGGCUGAAGCCACAGCAACAGGACUUUCGGCCGCGUCCAACCUGGCAUCCAGAGUGAAUGGACCCGCACCGUUGGACGAGAUCACUGGGUUUGAAAGUGGCUAUCAUAUGGACAAGGAAUCCAAUAUUAUCGUCCUACUCGGGAGCACCUCAGCUUAUGUGAUCGCUCUGGAAGGCACAGACGAAAUGUUCCGUUGGGCAGAAACCAUGUCACGCAUCUUGACUGGUGAGUCUCUUCGCGUUUUUGCUGGUCUGGUAAUUGAUGGAGCCAAGAUUGGAUUACACUUGUUUAUUUUACUGUAA